AUGUUUGGUAAUCAGAGCUCAUCGUUGUUUGGGGGCACGAAUACUGCUGGUACAGGUUCAAACUUGUUUGGAGGAGGAGGAGGCCAGAGUACAGGUACAAACUUGUUUGGUGGUGGCGCAGGAGGCGCUGCUCAGCCAGGACAAUCUACACAACAGACGGGUGGUGGCGGCUUGUUUGGUGGCGGUGGCCAAGCAGCAACAGGUGGUGGCAGCUCAUUGUUUGGAGGAGGUGGCUCCACAGGUCUGUUUGGUGCAACACAGUCGACUGCACCUGCAACCUCUACAGGCAUGUUUGGCGCACAACAGUCCACAGCACCAGCAACUCAGUCAGCAGGACUGUUUGGUAACACAGGGCAACAGACAUCGACAGGCCUGUUUGGCGCAACGAGUGCCCCCUCAACGUCUACAGGUCUCUUUGGAUCAACACAGCCUGCCACAAGCACAGGACUAUUUGGCGCGACGUCAACAACGCCAACGACAGGUACGGGACUGUUUGGAUCAUCGACUGCACCCGCGGGAUCAAACAUGUUUGGCACAGCACCAGCAUCAAACUCACUCUUCCCCGGCUCGACAACUGGAUCUGGCCUGUUUGGAGGCGGACAGUCGUCAUCUGCUGGCUCCUCUCUGUUCCCAAGCUCAUCGGCGACGGGAUCUAGCCUGUUUGGUGGCAGUCAGGCUUCAUCCGGACUGUUCUCAUCGGCCACGGGAGGAACAACAAACAUGUUUGGUGGCGGAUUCAUGCAGCAACAACAGCAACAGAUGCCACCACAACCAGCCUACCAACUCUCCAACAAGUACUCUGAACUAUCGCCACAACUGAAACAAGAUUGUCUUAGACUUCACAAGAUGAUCAUCAAUAACAACACCAUUAUGAAGUCAUUCUCAACCUAUGAUGACAAGCUGGAUCAACUUCCAAAGCUCAUUCAACAGAUUCAGAUCAAACUCGACAGCUUAAACAACAACUUCAAUCACUAUAUUCAAUCAUUCGAACACCUUAGGGAGAGCUCGGCAAAGCCAUUGACAUCGAUAAGCGAACAGUAUCAUAUGCUAUCGAUUGGAUUCGUCUCACCCUACUCCCAGCCACUGCCAUCACGCGAGAUGGAGGAGAUAGUAGCGUCCUUCAUGCAGAAGAUCGAGCGACUCUACCAAACCAUCAACUGUAUAGCACCAACGAAACAAUACAACAGCAACCUCUCAUUCCAAGAGUCAUUCAUUGCCACAUUGCAAACCAACCAGAACGUACUCCGCAAUGAGGCAGUCGUGUUGGAUGGACUGGUCAAUGAGUUGGACCGACUCAAGAGGGACUAUUUGAUGUUCAAGCGCAAGUACUACAACGACAACUACAACCCAUUCCCAAAGCGAAAGACAUUGGAGCCAAGUGCAAAGCAGAGCUAUCAUCAUGGCUCGGCCUCGGACAACAGCAUCUCCCCAUCGUACAAUAACAGCUUCAGCUCCAACUCAUCGGUGUUUGGCGCGUCGACUGCCUCGCCAGUUGUGGGUGCCGCAUCGACAACGCCAACUCUGUCAUUGAUGACAUCGCCCACCCUGGGCUCCACCUCAACAUCGAACUCAUUAUUUGGCAACAACAACCAAACAUCAUCAUUGGCACCUUCAAUUGGUGGCAACUCCCUGACUGGUGGAUCGUCCAACACCUUUGGCUCCACCGCCUCCUCCACAGCGUCAGCGCUGGGCUCAUUGGCCACCACCAGCUCACUCGGCUCGCUUGGCUCCACAACCAACUUCUCCACCACCAUCAAUCCUCUCGGCUCGCAAACGCCAUCAAUGCGAUCGUCCACCGCCACUGGACUAUUCAUGCCACAGACGCCCAAUCUGACCGGCUCCUCCUCGCUCAGCCAGAGCAGCGCCGGCUUCUCCAUCAGCGACUCUGCACGCAGUGCAGGUGGAGGCAACAAGAAGAAGUCCUCUGCCAAGAGAUAA